AUGAUGCAGCACCAUUGUCAGGAACCAAUCCCUGAGGGGGCCUGGACGAACCUGAUCACGUCCUGCCACCGAGACGGCCUGCUGAACGAGGCCAUCGACGUCUUCAGGGACAUAGCGUCCUUGGGCGUUCUGAGGAGCAGCUUCUCCCUGUCGAGCAUCCUAGCCGUGUUCGCGGAGUCACAAAACCAAAGGUGCAGUGGGCAGCAGGUGCACGCCGACGCCAUCAAGCGUGGCGUGGACACGAACCAGUUCGUUGGCUCUGGGCUGUUACACAUGUACGCGAAGCAAGGGCAGCUGGCAGAUGCCGCCAGGGCGUUCGAGGCAAUCAGUGGCAAGCCUGACACCGCCUGCUGGAGCGCCCUGGCCAUGGCGUAUGCUCACGGCGGACGGUACAGAGAGGCCACCCGAGUCAUGUACCAGAUGAAAGCUGCCGGGAUGAAUCCUUCUCAAGAGAUGGCCGAUGCGGUCAGGUUGGCCUGUUUCAGAUGA